GCGGCGCGUGCUGGCGGCGGCUCGGUCCCGGCCCGCGCCCGCGGCGCCCCCGCUGCGGCCGGAGCGGCCUGGCUGCAGGAUCGGUGCGCAGCGAUGGCGGGGCAGCCCCGGCAGCGCCCGGCCUGGGCGCCGCUGCUCCUGCGGCUGCUGCUGGCGGGGAUCGCUGCGUGCGACGCCAGCCCCGCGGACGACGGCGCGGGCCCCGGGGGCCGGGGACCCCGGGGACGCGCGCGAGGGGACGCGGGCGCCGACGAGGCAGUGCCGCGCCACGACUCCUCCUACGGCACCUUCGCGGGGGAGUUCUACGACCUGCGCUACCUGUCGGAGGAGGGCUACCCUUUCCCCACUGCUCCUCCUGUGGACCCAUUUGCCAAAAUCAAAGUGGAAGACUGCGGAAGAACUAAAGGAUGCUUUAGAUACGGCAAGCCAGGCUGUAAUGCGGAGACCUGUGACUACUUCCUUAGCUACCGGAUGAUAGGGGCUGAUGUGGAGUUUGAGCUGAGUGCAGACACGGAUGGUUGGGUAGCAGUUGGAUUCUCUUCAGACAAGAAGAUGGGUGGUGAUGAUGUCAUGGCCUGCGUCCAUGAUGACAAUGGCAGGGUCCGCAUACAGCACUUUUACAAUGUGGGACAGUGGGCAAAGGAGGUUCAGCGAAACCCUGCCAGAGAUGAAGAAGGAGUUUUUGAGAACAAUCGUGUCACCUGCAGGUUUAAGCGCCCUGUGAAUGUUCCCAGAGAUGAAACGAUUGUAGAUCUGCACUUGAGUUGGUAUUACCUGUUUGCUUGGGGUCCGGCCAUUCAGGGCUCCAUCACCCGACAUGACAUAGACUCCCCGCCGGCCUCAGAGCGCGUUGUCAGUAUUUACAAGUACGAAGACAUUUUCAUGCCGUCGGCUGCCUACCAGACCUUCUCCUCACCAUUUUGCUUGCUUCUCAUUGUUGCCCUGACCUUCUACCUGCUGAUGGGAACCCCUUAGCCACAGAGGCCAGGCCAGCAGACUACAUGGAGUGCCAAGCCUUCAGUAUAUAUUUUUCAAUAAUCGCCUGUAUCAUUUUAGCUUCUGUUAUUUAAAAAAAAAAAGUCGUGAUUUCAACAUAUUUGGAAAAAAAAAAAAAAAGAACAAGCUUUUCUCCUAGUCAAACAGGAUUGUCGAGGCAACCCUGCUUUCGGGAAGUACUUAAAUCGUUUGCAAACACUUCAGAUAUGUUUUCUAUUUGAGCUUUACAAUAUCUGUGCAUUGGCUUGGUAAAACUGAGAGUCAUAAUACCGAUUGGGAUUUAAACCCAAACAAAGGCUGCCUUUUGUUGGUCUACAUCUCUCAUAACCUGGGCUAACAUGAUCAGAUAACACAUAGCAAGGUAAAGAAAGAGCUAGCUGGAAAAUGUAUCUCAGAGCAGUCUUUAUUUUGAGCAGUACUGCACAAGAGGGUUUACUUUGCAUAUUGCUGUGGAGACCUUUACAGGAUGUCACAAGUGCAUCAUCAGCCUCUUGAGAACUUUUCUGUGAAGCAUAAAUGCUUUUAGAUAGUCACACAGUUGAUGGGGAAUGUGGGAGAAAUUGUAGUGAUAAGCAAAUGGUUUGUAUGUAUCUAAAGUAUCUUCUCAAUUAUCGAGUAGUUAUGAGAAAACAGUUUUAUAUUGCUGUUAGGUGGAAAAUAGAACUCUGAAUAUUCCUGAAGAUGUAGAAUUUCUUUAAUGAUAAAAAUAGGAGAAUUCUUAGUACUUAGAAUUUGCUCUCUUUUGGUACUAAAUUGUUCAUGGAUGGCUCUAGCCAAUGGUGUUGUUCAAGUCAGCAUACAUUAAGCAUAAUUAAAUAUGCAUUAUGACAGACAGGUCAUCUUAAGGAAAACAUACAUGAACAUUUUUAAAAAGUGUAGACAUCAGGAGCAAAAAUGGGAAGAAUAGAGCCUAAGGUAAAUUCACUAAGAGUAUACAUUAAAAAUGUUCAAUUCUAUGUUUCCGUUUUCAAAAGAGCCGGAUACUCUUUUAGUCCAAAUACCCAUGCUAGUAGCCUACCUAGAGGAGAGACACUGUGGGCACUUACUGUACGCCAUUCCCACGGUGGCAUUCCAGAAUUCUCUGAUUUGUUCCCAUGGCUUCCAAGGUGGCUCCAACUUUGUAGAUGAGCAACACCAGACUAUGGUUUCUAAACCCAUUCCCAAGAUUCAUGUCAGAGGUGAACUGUGGGGAGAAUAUUCAGAUUCUUCUGAACUGGUGCCAAAAUAAAGUCCGUAUUGCUACAUUGUGACACUGCCCACACCCAGUUUCAAACUCAAGGUUCCAGUUGGUGGCUCCACCUGACUACAACUGCCUCUUCACUGAGCCCUCUGAUCCGGGUCAAGUUUGGCUCAGGUAUGGCAGGCACAUCAGCUUCUCAGCAUUCGUAGCUGGUUUAGGAGUUAGGUUGGGAGUAUAUAGAGACACCUGUGUUGUAAAUAAGAAGCCCACUAUUUUUAUAUCCUUUAUGUGUAUGUAGUUGAUCUAUAAAUAGCAGAGCAAAUAGAGACUUCAGUUAAAAGUAGGAAUGAGUGGCAUUUCCCUUCUACAUAUAUUUCAAAUCAAGUAACAGUUUCACAGUCUUUCGACUUUAGUGACCAGCUCUGUAUAUUUAGCUUGGAAAGUUCAGAGUUACCCUUGCCCUUACAGUAGCAUACAAGCAACUCUACUAAGCUCCAGUGUCUUCUGCCUCUUCAGGGCCACUGCCUGUCCCAAGAGAGUCUGAAGGGCCUUGAGUUCUUCUAGCCUGCUCUCUGUCUAUCACCUGUCCUGUCUUCCCUCCUGUGGAUGAUGAGCUCAGCUGUCAGGCUCUAUCUAACUUAGUUCUUUCUCUUCCAGUCUUCUGGACUAUGUAGUUUUUGGACUGACUCAGCACUCCUGUAGCCCAAUGGGCUUCUUCAUCACUCAUGUCAGAAUUUACUCAAUUUCUGGCUUCUUGCUGGCUAACCCCCCUCAUUAGGAGCCAUUUCUUUCUCCUCAUCCUUGUACCUGAUGCUCCUUCUUAGUAGGGACUCAGCAGACUGAUGGACCGAGUUACGAAACUGCCCUGAUGUUAUGAGUUUACUUGGGCCAGAGGAAUCUCUUUUAUAUACUUUAUCUGACUAGCAAAUGUUUUUUGUUUUUUUUUAUAUAUACUACUCAUGAUCCAACCAUGUCUUCCAAAACAUAAAUGACAGAAUCCUUAGUGACGGUGUGGUUUUGCCUUUCAGUGGACAUCAGUUGGCACUUUAGACAAUAAUCGUUGUCCUGAAAUAAGAUUUCAGACAAGGGAGGUAUCACAACAGCUGGCCAUCAUCUCAGAGAACUGUCCACUGAUAGACAUGUUAAAGCCCUACAGACUCUGAAUUCAUCCAUUCUUACCUAAGCCACUCCUACUUUUAUCUCGAUUCAUCCUCUCUCUCUUUCAACAGGGCUUCUCAAUCCUCCUUCUGCAGCCUCCUGACUCCUGGCUGCUGCUCUCUCAAACAUGCUCCACCAGGUCUGACAAUAUGUUUUCAUUUUCUAUACAGUGAUUGUCCUGAGGGAGAAGCCUAUCAGUGCUUUUUGGUAAAAUGCCCAAGUGAAAUGUGAGGGCGGCGGACAAAUCUAUGUAGUGCUGCUUUAAGUGCUCCCUGUGGAUUAACCCUUUCAAUCCCACUGACCAGAGGAAGCACCUGUUAUUAAUCCAGCUUCACAGAAGGAAAAACUGAGGUCGAAUUUAGCAGUGCUGGCAAGACUUUAGAGAUGCUAGUUCAAUGCCCUUGUCAUGCAGGAGGCAGCGGGGCCGAGGGAGCCCUAGGACUUGCUGCCCCUCAUGCCAAGUCUUUAAAACUUCCAUUAAACAGAGCCCGCUAUUCAUUCUCAACUCAGCAAGGUGCCUUCACCUGUCCCCUUUAUGGUAACUAUGAGGACUUCUUACAGCUGUAUUUGAGGAACCGAACAUACUUGUUUUGUAUCGUUUUAUUUUCUGCUGAAAACCUUUUGAUUAUUUUUACCAGUCAUUUUAGUACUUU